AUGGCAGAGGAACUCGGCAGAAUCACCCGCCCCGCUACCGCCAACUACCAGGGGAAGCGCAAGCUUAUGCUGGCCCCGCUGAUUCACCUCGCGGGCCCGUCGGAUUCAGUGCCGCCUGAAGGUACGGAGAUCCUCGGACGUUACUGGGACCAAGUCGACAUCCAGGUUAGAGCAGUCCAAAACGCCUUGGGUAGUGUCGCGCACAUCUUCCACGAGAACCUCCCCGAGGGAGGUCCUGCCGGCCUUGGUUAUCUCGAAGCGACGGCCCAGGGUAGCUACGGACUGGCCGCUGGUUUGGUCGAAGCCGGAGCGGUUCUGGAAGCUACCGAGUCUAUGGAAAUACUUGCCGAAUCGUUGGAUUUGCAACGCUGCCUCAUGCAACCGCUGAUGAGUCCCACAGUGGCAGCGCGGCUCCAGGAGUGGUUCGGCGAAGCCAACCAUCGGCGCUACGAAUUUGUUGCCGAUGCGAUCAACGCCACCCUUGGCGAAGACGAAACUGGCCUGCUCUUCAUCAACGAAAGGCAUCAGGUCCAAUUCCCCGUCGACAUCGAGGUGAUCUAUAUCGCUCCGCCCGCCUUGGACGAAUUCCGUCGUUGGCUACAGAAUUGGAGCGAAAACUUCCAACGCCAAAUGGCUGAGCAGGCCGCUGGAUCAGCGAAUUCCGCCGAGGAAGAGGACGAACCCCAAUAA